AUGCGCUUUCGCUUCUUGUUCCUUGCGUUGAUACCAGCGGUCAUUGCAAGUCCGUCUCCUGACGGGAACAACAGGGAGGUCGACAUCUCUUCAAACGUGGAACCAAUUACAGCCACUGUCUUCGUAUACCCAUCCACCGAUGAAUUCAGUCGUGAUCGCCAGGAUGAAGAGACUGAGUGCAACUUAGAGGCUUUCUACGGAGAUCGUGUCGAAAAAACCCACGAUUCCAAUGGAAAGCCGUGUUGGAAGUUGUCCCUGAUCGAAGGCGAGACGAUUGAUGAUCUCCGGGGUUGGAGAGACAUCGAUAUCCCCGGUGUGAGCUACGAGGAGCGGAAACUGAGAUUCACGAAGAGGAAGGUACCUCCAAAACCGCCAACAUAUUGGGCAGUAGCCAAGGAUCCGGAUGCCACCGAGGAGAAUGCAAAGAUUUUCGCGUACCUCAAGACCAAGACCAAGCCUGGGGAGGAUAUCUAUGAGCUCACGUGUUACGGAGGACUGAGAUGGGGCCCGCUGGAUUUGAGUCCAGAGGGCGUUUUGGAAGUUACGCAGCAUCCCGGCAUCCUCCCAGAAUUACAUGUAUCGCUGCCGCUCAUCAAAUGCCGAGCUGUUUCUAGAGAUACAUCGCACUAUUCCAAUCUCACUGGCAACGACGAGUUAUCAUCAUCAUUGUACGACCCAACAAAGAUGAUCGCGAAGAGAUCGAUCACUUGGAAGAGACAACAAAGAGCCACGAAGGAUUUGAUGGAGGACAGCAGGUACGAUGGCUUGGGUGGUAACCUGAAAAGCUUCAUCUACGAUGCCAACGCCGGAAAGGGCACUUGGAUAUACGUCAUUGACCAGGGUGUGGCAGUUGGCGUAACUAAUACGCGCCAGGGCAACCUCAAGGAUAAACACGAACUCGUCGUUGAUGUAGAGGACAUUCUACAGACCGAAGCCUCCAAGUUGAAGGGGCAGUCGAGAGACACAGAUGACGACGCACCACCUGAAGGCACUCCUGCGGAAGGCUCACACGGUACAAUGAUGGCUUGUAAAGCUGCGGGGAAACGAUAUGGCAUAGCUAAGCAAGCCAAGAUUGUCCCUGUCAAGAUACUCCAUACCGCCGAUGAUCUCCUCGUAGGGUUGAAAAUCGCUUUCGCCGACAUACGCGACAAAGGUCGAGCUCUCAAGAGUGUUGUCGUGGUUUCUCAAGCCGUUCCUGGGUCCACUACGCGCGACCAGGCUUUGAAAACCGAGAGAAGAAGAGAUUUCUUGAACGCAAUCAACGAUAUCAUUGCACUUGGCACACCAGUCGUCCUUGCAGCGGGCAAUGAGCGUGAUGCAGAUGAGGGCACACGCGAGGACAUCGAUUUGCUGCCGCAGGUUUUGGAACAUCCGGAUAUGACGCCCAUCAUCAAUGUCGGUGCCGCGACAAUCUCGGGAGAUCGAGUCGAAGACUCGCAGGGGGGACCUCAGCUAUCUAUUUACGCGCCUGGCAACCUGGUCUUUUCUCUUACGAGGGACAGCAGAAGUGAAAUCUUCCAGGGCACCUCCGUCGCUGCUCCUGCUGUUGGAGGACUUAUUGCGACAUACUUAGGAAUGGAGGAUAUCCCUUCCGAGUUCCGUGACUCAACCGGAAUUGAGCGAGUCAAAGCGAUUCGUGAAUACCUCAAGUCCGACAAGUCAAGCUGGGUGCAUAAACCAGGGACCGAGGUUCGCAUGAUCUGGAACGGAGCAGACGAAGACGCACAUCGCGUCAGAUUCGAUUGUUACCCGGAGGUCAGUAGCGAGGAUGAUGGUACCGGAUCCAGUGACUGUCUUGAAUACAUGCCUGCAACCCCGCCAGUUGUUCCGGCUCCCGAGCCAGAGUCCGUAUCGGCUGGCUGCAGCGUCAAACCGUCGUUCGGUGGUGGGGAGUAUACUGUAUGGGGGGCAGGGUGGGCAGACGACGAUGGCGCGAGACUAAAGCAAGACCUUGGUGGUGCCGGCGGCGGAGUCCAAGACUUCGUCUUCAAUCGAGGUGCCGGAGAUGGAGGACGUGAGUGGACGGCUACAUUCGUCGGCUUGUUUGAAGCUUUGGCUGCUGAGGGUGUCAUCGAUGCUGUUGCAGGUCAUGGAGUCAACGUGGUGUGUGCUGCUGCUUGA